AUGCCGGCCUGUCUGCGCUGCAGCAGUCCGAUGCAACCACCCGUCGCAUCUGCCCAAGCGUCGACGGGAUCCUUCGGUCUCGUCGGCCCGACCGACGGUUGUCCGGCUCGAGUCCCACUGGGCACCGUCGCGUCGGAGGCCUUGAGUCCCGGCCUCGGACGGCUGUGCUCUGCCUGCCUGACGGAAGUGGACACUUUCCAUCUUCUCACGCAGCAGCGCUACGUCACCGGUCUUCUCCAUCGCAACACCGACUUGCCCGAAGACCGGCUGGCAAGUCUGAGUCUGGCCGGCUCGGCGACGGUGACCGGAAUCGCGCAACCCGCCAGUCCGACGCGCCUCGAGACGGCCGCAUCUGCUGAUUCGCAACGCAAUGAGCCGUCUGCUGUACGUCGGUUGAGACGGUCGCCAGAGGCUGAGUUGUCCAACGCUUCGGAGCCGUCGUCAAGCCGACCGGGACUCGUGCCUGGCGCCUGGUGUCCGCCGACAGGCGCCACCACGUCGGCGCCGGGCAACGGCGACUCGACGGAGGACGAGUCGUUGACCGAGCCGUCGGGUUUCGAGCUGCAGGCGCGGGCUCGAGCGACGGCGACGGCGACGGCGACGGGGAGGGCGAGGGCGAGGGCGAGGGCGAGUCGUCUUGUCAACGGGCGUGCUCUGCCCAGUCUGCCUGAUCAGGCGGGCGGGUAUGUGGAUCUUUUCUGUGUUAAAAGUCUCUACUACCAACCGGCCGGCGAGGGCGUCGGUUUCUCGGCGACCCGGCGGCUCGACCUGAACAGCCUCUCAGGCUUGGGCAAUGUGGGCUGCGCGGACGGUCACGCCGUCGACUUGACCGGAGCCGGGGCUGAGGCGGCUGAUGCGUCGACGAUGGGCAGACGAGUCGCUGACGGCGUCAGCUCGAGGCCACCGCCGACAGGGGCCGGCUACAACGGCAGAGGCGGCCGGUCGCUGUUGACGGGCGGUAUCGGCGACUUCUGUUGCCUUAGCCUCGUCUAUGGAUUGGCCAAUGCAGACAAUCGGGUUAGUGAUGCACUUCGAGCCAACUGA